AGAAGCCAGUUGUCAGGUCUUGUCUUAGUCGAUAACAUUCAUGAAACAAAACAAAUCAUUGCUGAUUAUAUAGUUCAAUUUAUUAAUCUUCCUAGCUUAUCUUUUUGCACCAUUUCUAUAUUAAACAUAUUUAACAGUUAACAGUAUUUGAGGUCGAUAUUUCAGUAAAAGUGAAACGAGCAAAGUAUUCCGCCGAAAAUGGCAAACGACCGAGAAAUUCUUCGGGAAAUCUGGGAAGGCAAAAUUCCAAUUCACUUUCAACUUUCGCCGGACGAGACCGAUGUAGCACCGGAUGAGUUUUUUCUAUUAAUUCCGAGACUUAGUUAUUUUCCGUUGGUAACUGAAAAGGUUCGUAAGCACUUUCUGAAAUUCGUUUACAAUGAGCAACAGGAUGGAGAAAUGUGGCUAGAUUGCAACGGAACACCUUUAAAGUGGCAUUAUCCAAUAGGAGUGCUCUUCGAUCUUCUAGCCGGUAGCGACGCCAUUCUGCCAUGGCAUAUCACAGUGCAUUUCUCUAAAUUUCCCGAAGAAGUGUUAUUUCGAUGUCCGAAUAAAGAUAUCGUAGAAGCACAUUUCAUGUCAAGUCUAAAAGAAGCUGACGUGCUGAAACAUCGUGGCCAGGUUGUUUCAGCUAUGCAGAAAAAGGACCACAACCAGCUCUGGUUAGGAUUAGUAAAUGAUAAAUUUGAUCAGUUUUGGGCAGUAAAUCGUAGACUUAUGGAACCCAUUCCGGAUCAGGAUGGCUUCAAGCACAUUCCAGUUAGAUGUUAUGCAGAGGACGGUACCUAUCAGCAAAAGCUAGUCGCGCCCACCAGUGAAGUGGGACAGAAACGUACUUUACAGGAUCUGCUCGAGGAUUUUUCGACACCUGUCCGGAAAGCAGUUGAGGCACGAACCCACGGUGUAACCGUUCCAGAAAACACUCCCCUGCAGUGGCUUUCGGAGCAUCUUAGCUAUCCGGACAAUUUUCUCCAUCUUUGUUUAAUAUACGCUUAGGGUAUUACUGACAGUCGGACAACGCGCGGGUACGUUCGGAGCAUCAUCGACUGCCCAUUUCGGCGAGUAUCCCUCGUUUGGGGGAAAAACAGCCACACUAGUCUCCAGAUGAUGGUAUCGAUCUAUAAGCAUCAAUAAGUACGGUAACUACAACAACAAUCGCAGCAACACAAAAAGGCGUAAGCCGGCUCCAAUCUAGUUUUCCAACACUCGCUUUUAUUCGUGGCUACUACUGACUACUGACGAACGUAGGAUGGACAUUUAACCGCGUAGGUAUUUGUAUAUGGGAACUAAGAACAUAUAUUUAAUGUGUAAAUCUAAUUAAAUACUAUAAAAGAAAAUCAUUCUCUGUCACAUAAAUUAUCGCUUUCAUCUUGUGUUCUGGUGUUCCAUCCACGAUGGGUGUGAGACAUCGGCGAUGGCAGGGUACGGGAAGACUAAUGGGUAAUAAAAAAGAAUCCAUCAACGGCCUCUGAUCAUCUGUGAAA